CUACAGGACGAAGAUGUUUGCAUACCUAACGAUCAUCGCUGCCGUGGUCGCAUUAGCCCAUGGACAGUGUACUGUCAACAUCCGGACGCAGCUGAACGCACGGGAACCAUUGUUCCUGCGCAACAAUCAGCUGUGGGCACCGAACGGACCAUCGCUACAGUGGAAUGCCGGCGAGACGACACUGAUCGCCUGCCCGGGCAACACGAUCCAGAAUACUGGAACUGUUACUGCCAACAUUCAGUGCGUCUCUGGAACGACGUUCAACCUGGCUGGAUCGAAUGUGAACAUUGCCGAUGUGUCCUGCACUGCUCGUUCGACGGGAUCGCAUCAAACUACGGGCCAGAGCUGUGGCAGCGGAGGCACUCUGCUGAACCUUGGCUUCGAUGUACCCGGCGUGGGCUUUGUGACGUACAUUCAGUCGUGCUACAACAUGCAGACGGCUUCCGUGAUUUACACUCGCCAUAUCAUCCCUGGAGCGGCUAUUAGUCAUAGCAUCAGCGAGUCUUAUCGUCCCUCGUUCAAGACUGCCGGUACUGCUCCGCAUGUCCAGCCGGCCACCUCGUACACCACCGCUCAGCAGGCGAUCCGCUUUGCUCAGCUGCUAGGCUCGCAGGCUCAGGCCGAUCGGUUCAUCACCUCCAGCUCGUACCUGUCCCGUGGCCAUCUGUCGCCCGAUGCGGACGGUAUUUUCCGGCCGUGGCAGUGGGCAACCUACUUCUACGUCAACGUCGCGCCACAGUGGCAGGCUACGAAUGGCGGCAACUGGCUCGUCGUUGAGAACGCCGCCCGCAACAUUGCCGGCCGACUGAACGAGGACGUGCUGAUCUUCAACGGAGCGCACGAUAUUCUGACCCUGCCGCACGUCAAUGGCCAGCAGGUUCCCAUCACGCUGGAGGCGGGAGGCAUUCAAACGCCCAAGUGGUACUGGAAGAUUAUCAAAUCGCCACGCACGAAUGCGGCGAUCGCGCUGGUCAACAAUAACGAUCCGUUCCGCACGAGCAUGCCGGCCGGUGAGAUGCUGUGCCAGGACGUGUGCGGCCAGUAUGGAUGGGGCAAUGCGAACUAUGGUAACUUUGCGCGUGGCUUCACCUACUGCUGCACGGUGGCGGAUCUGCGCCGUGCCAUUCCCAGCAUUCCGGCCGAAGCGGACGCGGCUAAUGUGUUGCGUUUUUAAAGCGUGUUGUAAAUGAGUGCAAUUAAAGAUAAGAGCAAUUCCACCGCA